CCAAGAUGACAUGCUGCUAAGUCCUCAAACAGCUCAGUUUAUUUCUUUUUUUUUUAAAGUUCUGAUCACAUGAUCAAACUAAUUAGUGCAACACACGGUAUAUUCAUUCCUAGCAGUGAUGACAAACGGGCAGGAGAAGCUGGUGAAAGGCGACAGUUAAAGACACGGACAUGAGGCUUAUUCCACUCUCAGUCACUGAUUUUCUUUUUCUCUUUCCCACAUCUUUUCAUUUAUCUUUCAGUUGCAGCUGCUGAUCCAGAGAAAAUCGAUGUGCAGGCCCUUCACAGACAGUGUCCACGUUGAUCCACACCGGUGUGUGACGAAUAGACGAUUCUGUACGCGUUUAUAAGGGGACGAGGAUAUUUGGAGAGACGCUCAAAAGAUGCAGUCGAUAAAUGAGACUUUGCACAGGAGGGACUCAGGAAGGCAGGACUGUCACGGAAGGUUUUAGGGAAAGAAAAAGAAGAAUAGCCUGAAUAUCACCAGAAACACAACAUUCUUACCUUCAAGUUACGGGCUUGGAGCAGACAGUGCUCUCGGGAUCCCGGCGGCUGGAGGAUGGCGCUGACGGGGCUGCUGCUGCUGGAGCUGGGGCUGUACGCCAGCUGCUUCGUGUGUGGGAUCGUCGCCGCCGCCUCCAUCACCAUCGUUCAGGGGAACUUUGGAGGGCUGUGCAUGCUGUAUGGCCUGGUCAGCUACAAUGCGACGGCAGACCUCAUCGGAGUCCAGUCGUCCAGCUCGGCCUCCCUGUGCUAUUUUGUCUCAGCCAUAUCCAUCAUGGUGGCGGUGGUGUGCUUCUCCCUGUCUCUGUACUGGGUUUACACGCUGUGCAUCGAGGGAGACAUGAGAAGGGAGCGCAUGUGGAUGAACCUGAUCAUGGUGGUGUGUGGCGUCUUCUUGUUCUUCCUGCUCAUCACAGGCUGCAUGUUGAAGAUCGGGCGGGACUCGCUCUGCGACUCCGUACUGCACACCGUCCACAAUAUUACCAGAUGUGAAGAGGCCCAGAUGAGAAAGUGGGUGAGCCCUCUUCAUGGCGAGAGGUUCUACAGCAGCCUGCACAAAGCAGAGACGGCGGUGUGGGUCAACUUCUUCUUCUGGAUCAUCAUCGGGGCUUUGGUGGUCAUUCAGAGGCGCCAGAGUUCCGGGUCAAAGGACGUAUCCAGCGACCAGUGUGACUCGGUGGCGGUCAGCGUGGAGUCCCUCCUGAGCGACGCCAAGAGGAUGCAGGUGCAGUGCCGUGAGCGGAGCGAGCAGCUCUCCGCGGCCGCCCUCCAGCUGCGGGAGGAGUCCGCCUCGCUCCGGGAGCAGUGCGAGGCCGCCCAGCUGGACAUGGCUCGAAUCCGCCGGCAACUGGACGAACUCCUUGACACCAAGGCAGCCUUUGAAGCUAGGGAGAGGCAGGCCCGGAAACUCAGCAAACACCUGUGAGCACACGGGGGAGGAGGGAGGGAUGCUGGUGUGCUGAACUGUGGGGGCAGCAUCCCAUUCAAAGAAAACGUACGCGUGUGUAAAGAGGAGGGAGAAAAGCGGUGGAAAGAAAGGAAAGGGAAUGCGUCUCUGGUCAGGCAGAGGCAGAAAAGGGAAGAGAAGAGAGAGAGGUUGAGGGAGAGACAGUGGAAGGAGGGAGGGAAAGGUGAGAGCAAAAAGAAAAGGAAUGAGCUGAAGAGAUGGAGUGUUGUUAUGGCACAAUGUAGACUAGUCGUUCAGCAAUCUGAGAGGAAGCAACAGGAUGCUUUCGGUUUGCAUUAGAACAGAGUAGAAGCAGAUCCAGGGACAGGAGCGUGUUGUGAUUAUUCUCCCCUGGUUUAGCUCCUCUUGGCUUUUUGUGAAACACGUGAAUAGCUAUGAAUGUCCCCAUCUCUUCUUCCCCCCACCUUUGACUUCAAAUAAACAGUUUUGACCCAUCA